AUGAGUUUCCUUAGGAACUUGAGAGGCAAUGGUGGUAACUCAAAUCCCAGUGUCGGACCAAGUCCGCCGAAAAAGGAUUCCACAGCGCCACAGAUAACGCCUCUAGAGAGGAUGCUGCAGGAUGUGGAAGGACCUGUAAAAGAGGAUGGGAGCGACAAGUUCUUCGGGAUGGAAAAUUAUGGCAAUACAUGCUACUGUAACUCGAUCCUACAAUGUCUAUACUACUCGGUCCCUUUUCGAGAGUCCGUGAUCAACUACCCGAAGCGCACUCCCAUAGACACUCUCGAAGCGGCUCUGGCAAAGACCCUGCGGUAUCAAACUCCGAUUCACGAAGCACACCUGGACGCAGAAGGCGCCGUUACGCGACAACGGGCAACGUCCAUGGGACCGUACUCGGCUCGAAGUGCGGGCGUCACUCCGACCCAGCCACCACCAAAGCCAGAAGAUAAAGAUUCGCCAGAAUACAAGAAGAAGAUGGCCAUGCAGACCCUGCCUCUGUUGGAGACAAAGGAUAACGCAGCAAGCUAUGGGAUGCCCGAGUCAUUAUUCACAUCUCUCAAAGAUAUAUUCGAAUCCGUUGUCGCAAGCCAGUCGAGAGUGGGAGUGAUCCGGCCCCAACACUUCCUAGACGUCCUAAAACGAGAGCACGAGAUGUUCAGAUCGGCGAUGCAUCAAGAUGCCCAUGAGUUUCUCAACUUGCUACUGAACGAGGUCGUCGCAAAUGUCGAAGCGGAAUCUUCCCGAUUGGAGGAGGAAAAGAGACUUUCUAAUGCAGCUAAUGAUGACCAAGCGGAACACAGCCGUGAGAACGGAGAGCUAACGACAUCCAACGUCGCAGGCUCUAGUGGUUCUAAGACUCCAAAUACAACCCGAUGGGUGCAUGAGCUGUUUGAAGGCACGUUGACUUCGGAGACCCAGUGUUUGACAUGCGAGAAGGUCUCCCAGAGAGACGAGGUGUUCCUCGAUCUUUCCGUCGAUCUGGAUCAGCAUUCAUCGGUGACAUCCUGUCUGAGGAAGUUCUCUGCGGAGGAGAUGUUAUGUGAACGGAACAAGUUCCACUGUGACAAUUGUGGUGGGCUGCAGGAGGCGGAGAAGCGAAUGAAGAUUAAGCGGCUACCGAGGAUCUUGGCUCUGCAUCUGAAGCGCUUUAAAUACACAGAAGACCUGCAGCGAUUGCAGAAGCUGUUCCAUCGCGUCGUGUAUCCUUACCACCUGCGACUCUUCAAUACGACCGAUGAUGCAGAAGAUCCCGAUCGCCUCUAUGAACUGUACGCAGUUGUCGUCCACAUUGGAGGAGGUCCUUACCAUGGACAUUAUGUUGCCAUCAUCAAGACACAGGAGCAUGGAUGGUUGUUGUUCGAUGACGAGAUGGUAGAGCCUGUGGACAAGAACUUUGUUCGCAACUUCUUUGGUGACCGACCGGGGCUGGCAUGCGCCUACGUUCUUUUCUACCAAGAAACCACUCUCGAAGCCGUACAGCGGGAACAGGAACAGGAGGGCAUGACUCCCACCCAAAGUUCACCUGAGCUGAAAGAUCUGUCACUCAGAACGAAUGGCAUGCCACCGGAUCAGGUCCAUAUAUCGCAAGGGCCGCUGUCGGAUGAUGCAAACCGUAUGCCGUAUCUGAACCACAUACCGAGUGCGCCGCCCCUUUCCACGCCUGCUGAGCAGCCUGUGUAUCCGACUGCUCCUCCCAUUCCCCCAUCUUCCCCAGGUCCUGCCAGGCCUCUGAACGUGAAGAAGAGUGAUCUCUUGAAGAAAGAGAAGAAGGAAGAAAAAGAACGGAAAGCCGCGGAGAAAGCUGCCGAGAAGGAGAAGGAUAAAGCUCAAAAGCUACGAAGGAAGGAGGACAACAAGCGCGAAGAAUCUGAGCUGAAAGCUGCGCUCGAGGCCAGUAAAGCCACCAAAGCUGAUGAGGACAAACGAAAUGCAGCGGAGACCGACAAGGACAAAAGCAAGGAGAACGGCCAUCCAAAGAACCUGUCACACGGGUUGGGGAGAUUCAAGCGCGGCAGCAAGACCAUUGGCCAUAAGCUGGUAAAGGAGAAAGAUCGCAGGAUAUCAAGCGACCUUGUACGCUUGGAAGAAGGCAAGGCUGCUGCUGGGCCUGACUCGAACCCUAUGGAGGAACAUCCACCGCGACAAGAGACUUUGCUGAAGAAUCUCGCCCGCAGUGAGGACCACGAACUUCACAAACCGGAAUCGCCCAAGCUGAAGCACGAAAAGAUAAGUCAUGGCAAGUGGCGGGGCUUCGGCGGCCUGAGAAAGAAAUCCUUCAGCAUCCUCUCAUAG